AUGAAUCCUACCACUGUAGUUGAUCCAUUAGCAUAUUCUAUUACUUUAAUCAAUUCAUCAGUGACUGAUUUAUCAAUAUAUUCAAUUACUUCAAGCAAGUCACAAGGAAAUGAUCAUGUAUUUGUAUGUGAACGCUUUAAUAAUGAUACAAUACAACUUCAACGUUUUAUCAAUCCUGGUGGUUACUCGUCUCCAAUCUUAGUUACUACUAAUUCAGAUUAUGGUGGUAUAUUUCAAGUAACCCGAGUAGCUUUAAACAAUGGCGUGGUCUAUUGUGAAUUUACUCUGUCAAAUUUUACUACUACAACGGGUCGACGAAGGAAACGGAGCAUUUCUUUACUUUCACAAAAUAUCCAAUAUUAUAUUCUUACCGUCAUAGGAAAUCUAGAUAGCUCAAAUUCAUUAAUAAAACAUUUCUCGACAGCUGUGCUAACUCAAACAAUUCAACUCAAUCAAUCAGCAACAAUAACAUCAGGCACUGUUGCAGGAUCAGUCAUUAAUCAAAUACUUUUAUUGCGAGCUCAUGGUAUCAUUAUGCUAUUUAUCUGGAUGCUAUUUGUUCCAACAGGUAUUCUCAUUGCUCGAUACUUCAGACCAUCUUGGCCCAAGCGAAGACUUUGCGCUACACCCGUAUGGUUUGUUAUUCAUCAAGUAGUUAUGGUUUUUGCUGCAACAAUGACACUAAUUGCAUUCACACUCAUUCUUAUUUUUAAACGAGGUACAUGGGUUUCUCAGAGUCUAUCGCGUGAAUUUGCUCAUUCCAUAAUGGGUUUGCUUGUUAUUUCUACUGCUAUCAUACAACCAGUAAUGGCUGCAGUUCGAUGUCAUCCCGAUCAUCAACGAAGAUUUAUUUUUAACCAUGCACAUCGCAUUGUAGGUAUCGGUGCAUGGAUUCUCUCGAUUGCGACUAUUUUUCUUGGUACUUUGUUUAUCAGAUUUGAUUCUCUCAUGACCAAAGCUUGGCAAAUUUUUGUGGCAUGGUUGUCGAUGCAAUUUGUUGUAUGGAUUGGCUUCGAGUGUCUCGAAAUUUUCUCCCGCAAGCGUUGGCCACCAUUUAAGAUUCAAAACAUAAAUGAAGAUAUUGGUGAAUUGCUGCAUCAAGACUUUGUCACUCAACGAGAUCUAGGAACGCUGUGGAACAAUGAUGAAGAUAUCUUUGUUUAUCGAGGUCAAGCCAUUUCGCGUGAUAUUCUCAAUCAGUUUGAUGAUAAUAAAGGCGAGCUCGUCUCAUUUGCCAAUUUUAUAUCGACCAGUCGAAAACGUGAAACAGCUAUUUUUUUUGCAGAGAGUACGCAAGCGCUUAAUCAAAAUCUUGAGCCAAUUCUUUUUGAAAUGCGUCUUCCAGCAAGACAACCGGUAAAACCAUUUGCCGAUGUCUCCAUAUACAGUCAAUUUUCUGAUGAAAACGAAAUUCUUUUCAUGAUUGGAACUAUCUUUCGAAUUGAUGAAGUGAUCAAAAAAGAAGAAUAUGAACAAGGAUUUACGAUUGUUCGUCUGUCACUCAUUGGAGACAAUGAUUAUGACUUGAGCGAAGUUGUCAAUGAUUUGAAAGCAACUCGAAUCAAUACUAAUUUGAACCAUCAUUUAGUGAGUUUUGCUUCAAUUCUUGAAGAAAUGGGGGAAUAUGAUAAAGCAGAACGCUACUACCGACAAUUAAUUAAUCAAAUGCCACAAGAUAGCUAUGCUCGUGCUGAAUGUCUUGAUGGACUAGGAACGAUCGCUUUACGUAAUGGCAAGUAUAAAGAAGCAAUUGAUCAUGAAAUACAAGCAGUUCAAAUUUAUGAGAGUCAUGAGCCACAAGAUUUACUGUUUAUAGCCAAAAAAUACAAUAAUCUUGGUAUAGCAUACGGUGCAAGUGGUAAUUACAGCAAAGCGCUUCUUCAUUUUCAACGUUCAAAUGAACUAAAAUAUUGCCUAUUUCACACUUAUCAACAUGUGGAUAUGGCUGAUACAUUCGACAAUAUUGGUAAUUGUUAUGAAUUCGAAGGCGAUUUCGAUCAAGCAGAAGAACAUUUUCAUUUCGCAUUGGCUAUUCGUAUUACUAAUAAUAUGCCUCGUCGUCAUCCCGAUUUUGUGAAAAAUUACAUGAGUUUAGGCAAUGUGUAUGGGCACAAGAAGAUGUUUAAGCAGGCCAUUUUCUAUCAUCAAAAAGCGGUCAAUUUGGCUCAUGAUGUCUUACCAUUUGAUCAUCCACUUUAA